GUCGGGAAGCUGUUCCGACAGGCUCCCCCGCCCGCCGGUGCGGAACUCAAACUGGCAAAAAUUAGGGCGCCACAAACGUUUCAAGUCCGGCUUCGUUCUUCCUCCCCUUGUCCGAAGAAAGUCUGAACCCUCAGCAUCACUGCACCCCCUCGCUCUCCGAUCUCCCCGUGGGCUCGAUCGCGACCCUUCCCCGUCGAAAUUCGGCCUCCAAAUCUCACUUUCUCCACUCCUCAGCUCCCACCCAGCUGCCCACCGAAUCGGCUCGUCUGCCCGGGAGUCUCCCUGAAGCCGGAAGCUCGAGAGGAGCUCUGCCCAGCAGCUCCCGGCCAGCUCGGGCGUGGGUUUGUUCUCUCGCACCUCAAGUUCACUCCUUUCGAGCUCAAAAUUAGGGAUUUUUCGAGCUCUCAGUCAGCAAUCAGUUCAGUAGGCGCAGAUGGAUUACGGACUCUCUGAUAGCAGCGGGACAGAUGACGAUCUCCCUCCGCCCCACCGGAAUAGAUUUCAAAGAGGGGGGGGCCGAGCUGCUGGUAGCAUGCGUCCUAUGAUGGUUGGUUCAGCUCCAUUGCCUGCUGUGCAUGGGGACAUGGAAACCCAGAUUCACCUUAUUGAGCAGGAGGCAUAUUGUUCAGUCAUUCGGGCUUUCAAAGCUCAGUCCGAUGCCAUCUCUUGGGAAAAGGAAAGCUUAAUCACCGAACUCAGGAAAGAGCUGAGAGUAUCAGAUGAGGAGCACAGAGAGCUUCUUUCUAGGGUCAAUGCGGAUGACACAAUUCGGAGAAUAAGAGAAUGGAGAAAAUCAAACGGGCUUCAACCUGGAAUGCUUAGUACAUCUCAGCCUGUUCAUGAACCUUUACCUAGUCCUACUGUUUCUGCGUCACGUAAGAAACAAAAAACAUCACAAUCUGUGGCCUCCUUGUCUAUGGGAGCGCCACCUCCUGCACUUCAUCCACCUGUUCAACAAUCUUCAGGAGCAUUAAGACGAGGUCCUCCCCCGGUUGCCAGAAGUAAGAAGCCGAAAACAAAGUCCAUGCAGCACCCUUCUCCUUCCCCAGGUCUUGCAGGAAGACCCCAUGGGGCCGAUCCAAGCUCCUUGGGUGGCUUUGCACCCAAUGAACCUGCUGAAGCAGCGACUUAUGAUCCACUCAUAGGGAAGAAGGUUUGGACUAGGUGGCCUGAUGACAACAAUUUUUACGAGGCCGUUAUUACUGACUACAAUGCUGUUGAGGGCCGUCAUGCUCUUGUUUAUGACAUAAACACAGCUAAUGAAACUUGGGAAUGGGUCAAUCUCAAAGAGAUAUCGCCUGAUGAUAUUCGGUGGGAAGGUGAGGAUCCUGGAGCAUCUCGAAGAGGAAAUCGACCAGGUCCUGGACGAGGAGUUAAGAAGUCAAUGCCACGUGGUGGCAGUGCUGCAGGUUUAGGAAGAGGUAGAGGGACUACAAAGAGUCAAUCAAAGAAGGACAUCCCUUCGUCCCAAAAUGGAAUUGGGAAAAAGUCUUUGGGAGAUAUUCAGAUUCUUCAUACCGAUACUCUCGUGAAGGAGGUGGAAAGAGUCAUUGGGUCGAGUCAUCCUGAUCCCGCAGAGAUCGAGAGAGCUAAGAAAGUUCUGAAGGAGCAUGAGCAAGCUCUGGUGGACGCGAUAUCAAAGCUCGAGGACGCGUCAGAUGGUGAAAGUGCAGAUGGAAGGCAAAUGGCAGUGUGAUCGAAAUGGGUGGAGAAGGUUAGGACUUGUUCGAGGUUUCCGCUUGGGGAUAGGGAGUAACUAAUGAUGAGCAGAGUCGGGAGAUGGUAGAAGAAUUGCGUCUGACAUGUGACUAUUCGUAGCCGAUGCCAUUUUUCCAGCUGAUGUUUGUGAUUUCUAUUGUUGGUAUUUUAGUGGGCCAGUGGGAUGUUUGAUUUGCUAGUCAGCUUUGUAGUAGCUUUUGCUUAGCACAGAUUUGCUGACAUCUUCCCCUUGUAUGUGAAUUCAUCUUGGCGUAUCUGUAUAUGAACAUGUUCUAGUAAGCAGUAAAUUAACUAUAGCA